AGAUAUAAAAUUUUAAAUGUACAUUCCAAGAAAUGGGAAAAAAUCAUAUGAACGGUAUUGUUUUACUUCUUGGAACAACUUGUCAAUUAAAUUUCUAUGACGUAGAUCACAGUUCCGGUUUCAUGACGACCUCCAGACGUGAAAAUAAGAAUGUCAAGUCGAUUUAUUUUGCGUAGUUUGCGGGCAUUUUCUAAGCAGGGAAGAGCACACAGUAAUACAGGACUUUUUCACACAGCGAACCUUUCAACGGCGUUGCUUAGAAAAGCACAUCACCCACACUACCCAGCUGUAAACAUCAAUUAUAAUGUCCAGCGACAUGUGGCUACAGCUGAAAAGAAAUUUGAGUGUUUUAAUAUCCAAGAUGCAAAGGACUUUCAAACUCGAGUAAUCGAGAGCCCUGUACCAGUGAUUGUGGACUUUCAUGCAACGUGGUGUGGACCUUGCAAACUUCUUGGGCCUAGGCUUGAAGCCAUCAUUUCAAAUAAGGAGGGCCAGGUGUCAUUAGCCAAAGUUGAUGUGGAUGAAAAUGUUGAAAUAGCAAUGGAAUAUCUGGUUGAAUCUUUACCUACCGUUAUUGGAUUCAAGAAUGGAAGAAAAAUCAAUAAAUUUAUUGGACUGCAAGAGGACGAUGCGAUUGAUUCUUUUGUAGAAAAACUGAUUCAUUAACAAUUUUAUUUACAUGACUGGAUGAACGCGCCACAUGGAUUUUUAAAAAUGAUUUUCAUAUUUCAAUACAAUUUGAAUACAUGUAUUUAAAAAAGAAGUCUGUACAAUUCAUAAAACGUAUUCUUCUACAAAGUUGUCACAUUAAGAUUUUGAAAUGAAGUGGUAGGAUAAGAAAACUUAUAGCACUGUACAUAUUUCUACACUUUCUCUUUAUAUGCAUUAUAUAAAUACACAGAAAUAAAUUAUUAUACAAUAUUGAUUACGGUAAUGUUUAUAGCUAUGUUGAUGAGUGUAGGAAUUGUAAUGGUAUAGUGCACACCUGCAGUAUUCUAUUAUUUAAAAAAGAAUGAAUGUGUGAAUUACCAGUACUAGUACACGUAUGAGCAUUUUUUAAUGUUUUCUUGAAAUCAGAGAAUUUCUCCCAAAUUUGUUACGAUGGUUGUACUACAGCGAGAAUAGUUAAAGAGGCAUAAAAAUAUAUUAUUUUCAUGGCUAAUAAAAUAUUUCCAUAUUAU